CAUCCAUCCAGGACUGCCGCUCUCUCCCCUCCCUGGCGUCCUUCAUGUUUCCAACAGCCGGACAGUUGGCCCCAGCAACAAUCAUUUCCGGAUAAGCAUGUGAGAUAAUUCUGCGAUGCGAUUAUAAGAACUCCUGCUCUUUCGGUCCUCGGUGCUCUAUAGAGAUACCAAAAAGUUGUGAUUCAUCACCAUAUGCCUUUUUCAGCAGCCUUCAGCCCAUCCCGCAAGCGUCAGCAUCCUGGGUCACAUUACAACACUUCGCGAUAUCAGUUGAAAAGGCAGAAGCUCAGCGAGUCAUCAGCGUAUUGGGAUAACCUGUCAAAGAUUUGGUUAACCAAAGAAGCACUAAAAGAGCUGGACCGAAGAAACAGUCGCCCGAGACCAACCCAGAACCAUCAUAAUCAACGAUAUCUCACUGAACUCAACAAAGGCUGUGAACCUGUUCAGUUUGCUCCUGAUUUUCUCCACGAUUGUGCCCCCAGUUGUUUAAAGCAGAUAAAAAGGAUUUCAAGACUGGGAGGACCUGACCUGUCUGACCUUAGAAAUUAUCCCAAACCCCAAAAUUUCUGCGAUCAACCAAUGAACUCAAACAAAUCAAGUUCUCGUAGUAGAAAGCGGCGCGCAGAAUCUCCUCCAUCACAAACUGGUGAUACCACAAGCACCACAGCCUAUAGUCGGAACUUCCAGCAGCACCUAAUUGAUCAUGGAGUCUAUCCACCGGAAUAUAGGUAUCCAGACCGUCGCAAGCCAUCAAAACCAAGUAACUGGACAGAGAUCAAUGAAAGACUAGCACAACCAAGAGCUUCACUUUCACCCUCAAAGUUUUCUGAAGAUCACUUUGAAGACUUCCGAGAAGUGGAUGCAUAUGCAUCUAAGGAGAAACCAAUUACAACUUCAGUUAUACCCAUUCUUGAUGGUGAUGUUGGUGAUGCUAAGUGUGUUGGAGGAGAUUAUCUCUUUGGAAAUCUUGCUCCUUUAACUGAUGGCACACUGGCUCGGGCCAAACCAGAUCACUUCUACGGCGCGCGUCCUGAACAGCUUGAUCGUCAAAUCCGCAACAAACUUAGUGAUCAUAUCAUUCCAUCAAUGCAAGAUGACCUUCCAAUGGUACCAAACUUCUUUUUGGAAGCAAAAGGCCCUGAUGGAUCCUUGGCUGUGGCUACAUGGCAGGCUUGCUAUGAUGGCGCACUAGGCGCUCGGGGUAUGCAUGCUCUCCAGUCAUAUCAACAAGACAGAUCAACUUAUGACAACAGUGCUUACACUCUUUCAUCGACUUAUCAUGGCGGUACACUCAAGCUAUACACAACUCAUCUCACUGAGCCUGAAGGCCCAGGCCGUCGCCCUGAGUACAUUAUGACCCAGCUCAAAGGCUGGUCACUGACCAGUGACCUGGGAACCUUUCGGCAAGGAGCAUGCGCAUAUCGAAAUGGUCGGGACUGGGCAAAGGAAAAGAGGGAUGAAUUUAUUAGGACAGCAAAUGAAACAAACUCAAAGGCUCAAUCUCUGCUUCUUCAUUCAACAUCUCAUAGUCAGACAGCUUCCGAGGCAGCUCCUACCAUGGAUGACUCUGAUGUAUCGACAUUGUCUGACGAUGCGGAGCAUUCGAAUGCGCAAUGGAGCUUCGCAGCCACAACAGAAGGAGAAGAAGAGAUUCUUAGCAGAAAUGCCAAGAAGCCGAGAGUUAGUUCCAUUGGUCAAGCAGCGGGUAACAAGACUACCUAGGUACUCAGUGUCCGAAUUGAUGACAAAUAGGGCUUAUCAUGCAUAGGGGGUGAGGACGAUGACUACUCUCCUGGCACCAGGGACCUGAUCUCUCGAAUGGAAAAUCACUAGCAGCGGUUAGCUUCCCCCUCCCUCUGUACCGCGCCUCCCCCACCCCCUUGAUCCAAGACUGAUAGAGAAACCAUCUUGCGGGAAGAAAGAGGCGGAGCCAUCCGCGGACCCCAAGUGGCGGGGCCCGAUCGACGCGACCUAUACCGGUUCCUCAACUGGCGGUUCGGACUGAAGUUGGGGAAGGGAGGCCAUUGACUGAAGGGGAUGAAGAAUAUGAAGACAUGGAACCGCCUUCCUACAGGUACAGGAAACAGGUCCGCGAGGACUUUGACAACAAGCAAACUGUGAUCGGGCAUCGAACGGCAGCUCUCCGGCAUGGCGUUGGACGAAGAGGCAAAGGAGACGCUGGAGGAGGAAUAGAUGCUCCCGGCGCAGAUCCAUCUCCUCUCAAUGCUCCCGACGUGGCCGACAUCCAGAUCAGUGGAAGGAGCUGCGGCAGCGACAGCGACAGUGUUGUGCUGCAGAUCAACUUGAGCAAAGAUAUGCCGCGAUUUCCCAAACCCGUUGAUUGAAGGUGGCGGAGUGACCAACGGAGGGGUGGUUGAUGAAUCCUCGAAUCAAUGUUGGAGAUGACAAGGGAUGCGGUGGUACAUGGUGAAAUGGAAAGGCUACGACCCUUUUUGGCAACCUGAACAUUUACUGAAUGUAAGGAGUUGGUCCAUGAGUUCCACGCUAAAUUGGGGACGGUAGAGAGCCAUGUCUCAUCUAUGCAAUUGCGAACGGCAUGGAAAAGCCAAUGUGUUGCAAGAACAAGGUUGCUGUCUGUCAAAGCUGAGUGCCACCUAUGUCAUGCGUUUGGCCGGGUUGGGAAUAACAUCCCCUUUCAAACCUUUUUCGCUGACCCCAAUGCCCGGCUGGCCUCCUUGUUUAUUCCAUUUUUCUUUUCAUGGAAGAAUUUCCACCUCUCGCGCUCAGGUGACAUCAUUACAAGAUUAUGUGGAACCAGCACUUUUUCCAGUGCAUUUUUUUAAUAACAAAGAAAUUUUCUCCCAGAUGUCUGGUGCGUAACAUUUGGGUGCCGGUAUGCAUUAUUGCUAUGUUCAAGGCUUUCUUUUGUCUUUACAUUUGAUCUUCGGUAACUGAUGACGAGAUGAGUCACUUAAUCAAUUACACGUGCCUACGCUAAAAACUCAUCACAUCCGUGGAUGGGUGCGCCUCACCACAAUGUUAUUAUCAUCAUAACAUUACUUUCGACUAAUUCAUCUAUCAUCUCAUUACAAGCAUCAAAUGCUCGCUUACGCUCGCUUUGCUGCUUGCGGA